AUGAUAUUUAGAAUAGUUUUUACAAGUUUAAUAAUUAUCGGAUUAGCAGCAGAAGUAUGGUCCCACGUAGAAAUAGAAGCUGAAGAUUAUUUCUUUCCUCUAGAACCGGUUAUCAAUUUUUGCAAGAUGUCGGAGCAGUGUCAACACGACUUUGUACCGGUCUGCGGACAGGACUCACUGGGUAUCACGCGGAUGUUUAAUGAUAAUUGUGACUUGUACGAGUACAAUUGUGAUGAGAAGAAGCAAUAUCGGCACGUUAAAACUGUGGUAUGCCAAUACGAGGCUGCUGCUGCACCCCUAGUUGAAGAUUGA